CUGAGCUCCCCGGGAACCUUCACAACAAGAGAGGAAGAAGGCGCUCCAGCUGUGGCCAAAUAAAGCCCACUCGUCGCGGUUUUUUAGAGCCUGUUUUUUUUUUUUAUUUCCCCUUUCUUUCCCCGAACAACCAACGGAAACCAACGUUCACUAACACGCUCGGGGGGCUUCGUUGUUCCGUUGGUAGCCGUUGUUCCCACCGACCUAGCUUUGUCCUUCGCAGGCAUAGUUGGCAGUGGGUUGCCGAAAUAUAUUAAUAUUAUUCGUUGUGGAAUAUGGCUCAGCAUGGGCACCAUGUAGCCAGUUCACAAAAAGCACUGAUGCUGGAGAUGAAGAGCCUCCAGGAUGAACCGGUGGAGGGAUUCAAGAUAACUUUGGUGGACGAGUCGGACAUGUACAACUGGGAAGUGGCGAUAUUCGGACCCCCAAACACGCACUACGAGGGUGGUUAUUUUAAGGCUCGGAUCAAGUUUCCUAUUGAUUAUCCGUACUCUCCACCUGCCUUUCGCUUCCUCACCAAAAUGUGGCAUCCCAACAUCUAUGAGAAUGGAGACGUGUGCAUUUCUAUCCUACAUCCACCGGUGGACGAUCCUCAGAGUGGAGAACUCCCUUCAGAGAGGUGGAACCCCACGCAGAAUGUCAGGACCAUCCUGCUCAGCGUCAUCUCGCUGCUGAACGAACCCAACACAUUCUCCCCAGCCAACGUGGACGCCUCUGUGAUGUACCGCAAAUGGAGGGACAGCAAGGGGAAAGACAGAGAAUACAUCGAGAUUAUAAGGAAACAGGUGCUGUCGACCAAAGCGGAUGCGGAGCGGGACGGCGUCAAAGUUCCCACCACCUUGGACGAAUACUGCGUCCGCACUCAAGUCCCACCCACAGACGACGGCUCCAACCUCUUAUACGACGACUACUAUGACGAUGAGGAGCUGGACGAAGAUGAGGAGGAAGACAAUGAGGACUGUUGCUAUGACGAGGAUGACUCUGGCACAGAGGACUCCUGACCACGCCUCCUUGUGACAUCACCCACCCCCUCCCCUGACCACGUCUCGAUCGUACCCACACACACUCAAGCCUCCCUCUCGUGUCAAGGACCGAACUUUAACCCCCUUCCUCCUGCUAAUGGACACACUUGGCACGAGGCUGCUUGUCCAGCGUCUGCUGCGUGCAAUCACAGAAUGCACACUAAAGCCUGGGUCAUUGACGACACAGCAGCAGAGUUAUUUUGGAUUCUUUCAUGUUCUUUUUCAUUUUCAUUAUGUUAUCUGAGUAGAGGUUACACAUGAUACACACAAACAGCAGGACAAAUGUAAAGGAAUACUUCUGCACUGUUAGCUGUUAAAAUGUCCAGAAAAGUCUCUUAAAGCCCUGAGACUUAUUUCCUCCACAGAUGUCAAGUUUCUCUCUUUUGCAACAGAUCAGAUCACUGUAAAACAGGAACGUGUCUACAAAGGAAGCUAAUUAAGGCAAACUGUUCUGCUUGAGCCAUAUUAUGCGCGACCUCCAUUUAGCACGAGGUUCAAAGCCCUGACACGCUUUCACCUUUGACUUUUAAAGCCGCGGGGCUUGGGCUGCUCCGAACGGGGAAGUUAUCCAUUUCAGCAAGCUACUCACACUUCCUUGUGCCUUCCUUUAUCCUAGAUCUAGGUGACCAGUCCGAGCAAGCCUCGACCAGAAGAGUGAUAUUCAAGCUCUGACUUAAGGGUUCAAACUUCUGUCGGAUAACCUCGCUGCUUAUUUAUAGAGGCACCUGUUAGAUUUAUCCGGGGUGUAAGCUGAACUCACGAGUCAAAUGUAGAUCAUGCUACCAGUGUGCUGUUUUAAAAAUGAAAACAAAUCUAUGCAGUCAGAGCUUGAGUUGGUGUUGCAUGCAGUGCUUUCAAUGUGGCAGUAAAGCAGAGCCUUGCAGCAGUUAGACCAAACUCCAGUCGGAAAGGAUCUGAGGGUUUUUUUUUUUUGUUUGUUUUUUUUAAGUGGCGCUUGCAGCUGGAUCCGUCUUUAUGUUCAGUGUUGGUUCGUCAUUCCCACUCAGAGUAGCACAGACGUCCACAGCAGAGGAGUUGCAUUGCAAUCUUUCGCAGAGCUUGCCUCCUACUGGCGACUGUGUGCACAAGCAGGAUUGUUGUUCCUUUCUUACCCCUGAACUGCUGGACUGGGCUGCAGCCAUCUUGACUCACCUGAAUCAAUGAACCCAGUCGUCUCAGCUGAGAUCGGGCAGAAAAAUGAAUGAAAGUCGGUUGAAUUUCUAGACUUAUUGGUUAGUUUUCAGCCUCCUUUGCGCCAGCAGAGGACUGGAGAUUGUACACCACUAACAACCAGCAGUAUUUCCAGUGAAAAGCUGAACUGUACUGUAACCGUUUCCGUUGUAUGAAUAGCCGCAGAUCGUUUCAAAGAUGUGCUGAAAAAUGUGAAAAGGAAGUUCAGGAUGGGUCUUUAUCUGAGCAUGAGCAGGACACUGGUUCUUCACUAGCAUGCUGAUAGGUGUUUGUGGUUUUAGGUAUGAUUUAAUGGUUGGGAAUGUGUGCAAGGUAAAAAGGUCCUUGAAAUUGAUUUUUAUCUGAAACUGUCACAUUGUGAAUGGCCUGAGGGUUCACUUCUGUUUUAGUUUUACUUUUUUUUUUGUCUCCUCAGAUUUUGAUAUGAGUUGCAAAGAUUUCAUAAGUAUUUUGAUUAUUGACUUGAUCUUUUUUUCUUUUGUUUUACCGUACUCAAGUUUGUUCAUGGAAGUGUGGAGAAGUAAAAUGUUGAAGCAGAAUCAACCAAAAUGUUGUAUCAAUCCAAACGGACAAAGCACACAAUAUUUUAAGAACCUUUUUCUCCACAAUGAGUUAUUAAUACUGGAUCACUAACCGAUUCCCAUUUUAUGACCUUUAAUGGUCUCCAACUCUAUAUUACGUUUUUGGAGAAUGGAAUUUAUUUGUUGUUUGUAAGACUACUGUUUUUUCUUUUUUCUUCUAGUCAUCUUUCCUUCCCACUCACCCCCUGAGUUUUAUGAUCUCUGAUUGGUUGAAACACCAAUGAGGGGAAACCCAGCAUUUGAUUGAUUAAAAAAAAAAAACUAACUAAGAACCUCAGGAAAAACGACCACCAACAAAUUGUAUUCCAAUUGAGUGAACCUGACGAGGUGGGGAUGGGAGGAGUACUUACUUUUUGGCUUCAAAGGACUGUUUACAAUCUCUACCUUGAUAUGCACUUGUGGAUAGUUUGACGAUCAUUUGAUGUUUGGUUUUCUUGUUUAUAUUUUCUUUUCUUAUGGUUUGUAAAUCUAUUUAAAUUCUGAAAUAAAGCUCUUUAUUAGA